GCGCGUGCGUGCGUGCGUGCGUGCCUCCGUCGGUGCGAGCGCGAGCGAGCGAGCGAGCGCGCGUGCGUGGACGCCUGAGCGGCUGAGGGGAAAAGAGAAGGGCGAGAGCGUGAGGAGAGCGGGAGAGGCGGACGGACCGAACGGGCGGAGGAGGCGGAGGAGGAGGGAGACCGGGCUGGGCCUGACGGCGGCAGAAGGAGAAGGAGGAGGAGGACUCGGGCGGAGAAGAUGGCGGACGGGGACAGCGGGAGCGAGCGAGGCGGCAGCGGCAGCGGUAGCGGCGGAGGAGGCGGCGGUGGCGGUGGCGGCGGCGGCGGCGGCGGCGGAGGCGGCGGCGGCGGGGGCUUCCAGGGCCACCGAGGCGGCGGCGGCGGAGGUCCCGGCCCGGGCCCCGAGCAAGAGACGCAGGAGCUGGCCUCGAAGCGCCUGGACAUCCAGAACAAGCGCUUCUACCUGGACGUCAAGCAGAACGCCAAGGGCCGCUUCCUGAAGAUCGCCGAGGUGGGCGCGGGGGGCUCCAAGAGCCGCCUCACCCUCUCCAUGGCCGUCGCCGCCGAGUUCCGAGACUACCUGGGCGACUUCAUCGAGCACUACGCCCAGCUGGGGCCCAGCAGCCCCGAACAGCUCGCCCAGGCUUCCCCGGGCGGAGAAGACGGAGGAGGAGGAGGCGGCGGGCCUCGCCGGGCCCUGAAGAGCGAAUUCCUGGUGCGGGAGAACCGCAAAUACUACCUGGACCUGAAGGAGAACCAGCGGGGACGCUUCCUCCGCAUCCGGCAGACCAUCAACCGCGGGCCCGGCGGCGGAGGAGGAGGAGGCGGCGGCGGCGGGGCCGGCUUCCCCGGUGGGCCUCCGGGCCUCCAGAGCGGCCAGACCAUCGCUUUGCCGGCCCAGGGGCUCAUCGAGUUCCGCGACGCGCUGGCCAAGCUGAUCGACGACUACGGCGCCGACGAGGACGAGCUGGGCGGCGGCGGCGGCGGGGGUCCCGGAGGGGGUCCCGGAGGAGGAGGCGGCGGAGGCCUUUACGGCGAGCUUCCCGAAGGCACCUCCAUCACGGUGGACUCCAAGCGCUUCUUCUUCGACGUGGGCUGCAACAAGUACGGCGUCUUCCUGCGCGUCAGCGAGGUGAAGCCUUCCUACCGCAACGCCAUCACCGUCCCUUACAAAGCCUGGGCCAAGUUCGGCGGCGCUUUCUGCCGCUACGCCGACGAGAUGCGAGACAUCCAAGAACGCCAGCGGGACAAGCUCUACGACCGGCGAGCCGGACCGGCCGGGCCGGGCAGCGGGAGCGGCGCGGGGGACGACUCCGACGGGGAUGAUGUGGACGACGAUUGAAGCCUCUUCCUCCUUCCUCCUCCUCCUCUCCUCCAAACGGCGCCCCCCACCCCACUUCCUCCUCUCUUCCCUCUUCCUUCCCCCCUCUCAGCUACCCUGGGGUUUGGUUUGGUUUUUUCCCAUGGACCGGUGGGAAAUGGGGCGCAACCCGCAUCCUAAGCUUCCUUCUCCCCCCCCCCCCAGGAGAGAGAGAGAGAGAAGCCCUGCCUGCCCUGCCUCCACCCAGCAGCCCCUCUCCCGAAAUCACUUCCUUUCCCCGCCCUAUCAUUGCCCCCCUCUCCUUCCCUCCAGGAUACAGCAUCUGUCCAGUUGUGAGUUGGCCCAGCUUUAAGCUCUCCCCCCCACCAAAAAAACCCCCAAGGCUUGCCAUCCUCCUCGCCCCAGAGAGAGAGAGGGAGGGAGGGAGGGAGGAAUCCUGGUGACCUCAGUUAACCUCCGUCCUGGCCCGCAAGAGUGGAGAAAAAAAUCCUUUCCCACCGUGAAAACUGGAUCCUUCCCACCAUCGAUCUGCUCCGAGCUUCCCAAGGCUUCUCAUCUUGUCUCCCCCCCCACGGCUGAAAUGUGUGGCGUCUUUUUUUCUUUCCUCACCCGCCCACCCGCCUGCCUCUCCCUUUUUAAUUUAUUUGGAGUGUGGGGCGAAAUGGGGGAGAGCAUUUUCAUCUGAUCUGCCUCUCCCUGUCCUCUCUGUGCCCUCCCCUCCCCUCCUCUCCUGCAUUUUGAGAUCUCGGGUCCCUCUUCCUCCUCCUCCUCCUCCUGCUCCUCUUCCUCCGCUCUCAAAACCAGCAUUCUGGAGACUGCAUGGCCACCCGAGCACAGUUGGAAAAGGAAGAAGAGAAGCUGGCGCAGCUAUCCAAAUCCAGCAGCCUAAACCGGGCAAGUUGUGUUUUUUUUUUUAAAAAAAAAACAAGGAUCGUGAUCAUAGCCCAAUGUGAAGAGGAAGGUUGAAGCCCAAGGCAUAUGGGAAAGUUGAAAUGGGGGGAGGGAAAGUGGGGGGGGAAGAGACAGGAAAGAUGGCCGAAGCAACCCCCAAGAAUGUUCCUAUGAAUCGGAGAGGGGAUGGAGCCUUUAUCUGGACCAACGUCCACCUCCUCCUAAAUUUUUACCCGUAAAGCUACAGGUGCCUGAACUGGAAUCGAUACGAAAUUAUUAUUCUAAAGUUGGCAGGUCAUAAUGAGUAUUUUUUUUUCUUCUCCUCCUUAAGGGUCGGGGUGGGGGUUUGCAAACAGGCAGGUUCAAAAGAAGAAGAAAAAAAAGGCAUAAAGCACAAGGAAUGCAGAGUGGACUAGUUGCUGCUCACUUAAGUUCUUCCCCUUCUCUCUAAAUAAGGCGAAAGAGCAAAAUGGCUUUAGGCUUUAGUAGGAAGUAAAAAUUGGAGCUGCUUUUCUCUGGGCUUUUUAAAAAAAAAAAAAAAAAGAUGAUGUACUUCAGUAAGGUGGAAUCCGUUCUGCAACUCACCGGAUUUUUAAACACAAAAAGCAUUAAAAUCGUAACCUGGUAAAAAAAGAAAGAACGUGAGGCUUCAAGUCUAAAUAUAUAUAUAUAUGAGAGAGAAACGGAAAGCUGCUUUCGCCGUGCAAAUAAGUGGACAUGUUCUAUGAAACCAGACACCAAAAACCUCAGGUCCAGAAGUCCAGCAUCUGUUGUUCUUUUAACAAGAUUUUUUUUUUAACAACAAGAGAACACAAUCCAUUUCCUCAGUACCUCACGUUAACGUUAACAGCAAUGGAUUGUUCAGAGCACCAUCUGCCCUAUGGGAGGUUCAUCAACGUCACCAUCACACAAAAAAAAAAAGGAUUAGAAUCAAGCCCAGUUCUGUGACUAUGAACACGAGCAGCAUUUUACCACCUUCAAAUUUUACUAUAGACUGGCUACUGCCUAUUCGUCCAGUUGUCUUUCCCGAGCAGAGUUGGGUCUCCCCACCCAAAGAAUUGCCUCAUCUAUAUUUUAAAUGGAUUCUUACCUAAAAUGAUAUUUUUUUAAACAAAUGAAGUCAGUCCUAUUCCCUCUAAAAAAAAAUGUUUUUAGCUACAACAUUAUAUACUAGCAACUUUGAAUUGAAUGGAAAUUGCGUACUGUUCAUUACAAAGUUUCAGGUAUUGUUUGUGUGACAUCUUAAAAAGAGGCAGGUAAAACUUCCUCUACAAUCUUUUUAAAUUGUGCAUGCCUGUCCUUUAUUUGAGCUGCCUUUUUUAAUUUAUUGCAUACCCUUAUUUACCUUAUUUUGGUAUAGCUCUUCUCUAUACUGUCUUUGUUUUGUAUUUAUUAGAAAGCAAAGAGGCGUAUAAAAGGCAUUUUCCUCACUCGGUUCUCGCUGCAGUAGGGAAAUUGGCUGGAAUUUUUCUAAAAAAAAUAAAAUAAAAUUGGGUUUUGCUACAGUUAUUAUAAAGCUCAGCAAAUGUCAGAUUAGUUUAUCACAAACAUUGAUUGUUUAUUUUAAAAGCUGUUUCUUUAUUCCAUGCGUUCAUGGUAGAUCUUAUAUCCUUGGGAAAAAAACAAAAACAAAUCCAACCUUACUUUCCAUUUUUCUCCGUUGCAAAGAGCUUGUUUCCUGAAUUGUAAUGGGAGCAAUAGUAUUUCUUGAUGUUUUAAUUACAUCCAUAUACUUGUACUGUAUUUUGUACUCUCCGAGGCAGCUGUUUUCAAUAAUGUCCUGCUGUAUUUACCUAUGUAUUUUUUUUUUGGUUCUAUUGUAUUUAGUUCUUUGUUGCGGAGAACAAUAUUCACCCACAAAAAAAUUUCAGCGUACAAGGAUCGCAGCCUGGCUAGGACUGCAGAGAACUCUGCUUUUAACUAAUGAGACUUUUAAAAGGCAGCAAUGAAAAUGAAGGCUGCAAAUGCUUAAUACCUAUUGCUGUAACUCUUCAUUCAAUUUAAAACUGUAUAAUACUUGUAUAGACCAACAUUUUUUUUUGUUGCGUUAGUGGUAAUCCCUCCCCUCCCUCCCUUUUUAUUAUUUUGUUUUGUUUUGUUGCUCAGCUGCCAUGAGCCAGUUCUUGCAAAGAUGCAGUACCUUUCCUCUUCAGGAGAACCUUUUGGGGGGGAGUGUUUUGGGCUGAAUUGUAGUAACUAGCCUUACCUUUGUAUUACAUGGUAGUGGCAGGAUUUUGACUGUCCCUGGCCAGUGGCUAUAAUAAGCUAUAAUUAGCUGCCCAAAAAGUAUGUGGAAGCGGACAGAAGCAUAUCAGUUGUUUAAGCAAGGAGCGUUGCCAUAUAUGGUGUUGCCUUUGGCAACCAGGAAGGGCCAUUGCAGACCAACUAAUACUGAUACCGAGUAUACCCGAGUGAUACAUGACCCCUUCAAGGUGUGUAGUUAGGGUGACAGUGCAAGAUGCCAGUGGGGAUACUAAGGAGUUGGGCCUGCUUGUGCUCACGUAUAAGUUACAGGCGUUUUAACUAAUUCCACAAAUGUUGAGGCUAUCGUGCUACGUUAGGUUAAUGCCCAAGAGUCAUUCUAGGGAGAAAUUAAUUCUGGUGACACAAGCUUUGCUUAGAUGCAGCGUACUUCAGCGAGGAAACCAUCCCUCCUCCUUGUUGGAGAAUGGGGAAAGAGUUGCCUGAAAUCUAUACAUACAUACAUACAUACAUAUAUAUAUAUAUAUACUUAUACAUAUAUAUAUAUAUAUAUGUAUAAGUAUAAGUAUAUAUAUAUUACCUUUCUCCCUUGUAGAGCUUAAAACGUCUGGGCUUAAAACCACAGUGGAGGCUGCAGAUUCUUUUCAAAUUAAUUCGACCUCUGCUGGAGAGGGCGCCUCCAUUGCUUACGGCGAAGCAUUUAGAAACCUCUCCCUUCCCGGCUGCUACCACCAUCUUGCACAGACCAUAUCUGAACGUAUUGCAUCCCUGCUUUCUACGUCUGGUAGUUCGCCUCAGCCACCGGUUUUCUGCAGGUUGCACCCGGGCGCCUUCGGUGUCCCGUUUGGAGCAGCCGCUGUUCACGCGGGGCCGGGUUCAACCACGUAAUGAAAAACCCACUACCCUGGAGAUUCAACCCAACGCCAGUGAACUUUAGUAUUCCUGUUAUACUCCCGUGCUUAAAUGUCCAUUUGAGUCAUGAAAAGCUUCUCGGUGCUGCAGUUUUAACUCAUAUCCUCGAUCUCUUUCUGCAGCGACGACGUUUGUGGGCCGGUGCGUUUUGCAAGCUGCCACAUCCUGCACACCUAGCAGUAGUGGGAAGGGAGCUUGAGAUCCCAGUGAAGUUUGGGAGUUGAGCUGUGGAACGUGAGGUGUGUCGAAUUGAGGCGGCUUGUGGACAGCACUGUCAUCUUUACGUGUAGAUUUUGUAGAGGGGGGGGGGCGGGAGGGAACGGGUAACCUCUGUAUUUGGCAUUUCUAGGCGUUGCCCUUAGAAUGGUGCAUCUGCUGUACAAAGGAAAUGUAAAUCUUGUAUAGCACCAAAAAUUGUAAAUAGGCGAGACAUACAGGUAUAAACGCCCAUAGCUUUAGCUCACAUCUAGUUAUGGGCCAUGUUCCUAUUUCCAUAGCUAUCUGCUUCAGAGUGAUUGCAGGCCCUAACCCAGGAGCCCGAGUCUUCUUUUUUCCCUCAAAGAGAAAGCAAUUCCCGUUGCUUACCCUGGAAUCCUCUUUGCACAAAAAAAAUCACAGAUUAUUUUUUUUAAGUAAAGAUUUUAGCUUCUGCUUUAGUGUGUCUCUAAAAAAUACAACUUAAAAACGAUCCUGUCCUUGCUUGUACUUUUCAGGAUAAUGGGCGCAAGAGGCAGGUUUCAAAUAAACCCCUCAUAUUGAGUGGCCCGUUUGUUGACUGCACACUUCAGGUAUUGGAAUAGCUGAAGAUGGUUUUUGAUUUACUCCCGUCAUUUAGGGGGGAAAAAAGGUGUAAUAUAUUUGACUAUACAAGACAUCUGCAAAGUGACUUAACUCAGGCUACUUUUCUCGUGUGAGGGUGGCAGUUUUGUGAUUUUGGUAGAAAAUUGUUCAUUGCAUAAACAUGCUUUUGGACGUCUCAAAGUUUUAAUAGAAAGAUGAUGGUACUUGAUCUGAUGCACAAUUUAAUCUCUCAGCAGAUAUUCGCUUUUUUUUGUUUCUUUUUUUAAAAACAAAAAAACAAAAACGAAAUGUGGCCUUGACUCUUUAAAGGAGAAAAGAAAAACUUGCUUUCCCUAUAUGUAAGUGGCACUUUUUUUGGGCUUCAAAAUUAUUCCGAUUCUGCAAGUUCUUCGUAAACAUGAUAUUGAUAUGCUUCCUUUUUUAUAAGCAGGUGAAAUGGUCAACGUAUUGAAAUAUGUUUGCUAUGAAUUUAGUUUUGAUAAAGGAACAGGAAUGCCUGAGGCUAAAUACCUAAAACCUAAAGGACCAUUAUGCUCUUUUUAAAAUAGCAGUAAUCACAAUUAUUUCUGAAGAAAUGCAGCUAGAUCAUUUUAGUUCCACCGAUCCACAAUCCUGCAAGGCACAUCAGCUACCAUACAGACUGAAUGGGUUUAUGUCAGAUGGCUUGUAAUUUUCGUAGCGUAUCUGGUGGAUGGUUUCAUAGGAAUGCUUCCAGAUAUCUAGUGCCCUUCUCAAAAUUAAAACAAAAAUUGUAGAAAGAAGAUAGAGCAAUCGGGUUUGCUGUGCAGUGAGUGACAACUCUGCGCAUGGAUGUUCCCAUGUCAGUAGAAAUACCAAGCAGUGACAGGUAUAUUUCUUGAUUCUUUGUUCACGCCAAUGAACCCGUGGGUGUAAAUGCAUAAUCUUCAUGGCCGCUUGUUCCCUUGGCCUGAAAUAUAAUCUGUCGUAGUCUUGGUUCCAGGUGUGUGAGAGGUUUUCUGAAGUCUUGCCCUCUUGUCGGUAUUGCUGCUUUGUGAUAGUUUAGUGUCGGCAGAAUUGCAACAUUUAGAUGUUGUGCUUGAGCAUUCACUGGAUCGUUUUGAUUGAGGGAUUUUUUUUUUCCUUAAAUUUUGCAUGGAUUGCAAUGAUUUAAUAGAUUAUGACUACAGGUGACAGAAAAGUCUGGUUGAAGUAAAAUAAUUUGCAUUUCCCCUCCCUUCCUUUUGCAGGUUCCAAGUAACCUCAGCUUUUGCACUUUGUAGCUUUUAUAGCCAUUAGCGAUUAAACACACACACACACCCCAAGAUUAUGCUUCGUUUUGUUUUGGAGAUAAUGUGACAUUCAGGAGAGGAACGUAGCAAAAUCCAAUAGCUGUCUCCUGCAGGAUUAAAAGAAAUGUUUAAUAUCUGAAGUAAACAUUCAAGCAUCAGGAUUUAACCAUGGAUGGAUUACUACCUCUUAUACCUGUAAAAUCACAGUUAUCUGCAUUGGUGCUAGAUUAAUUUCACCUUAAAUAUACUUACAUUGCUUCUCUGUUGUAAUGUGUAGUAGAGUUGGGUUUUUGUUUUUUUUUCCGUUGUGAAAUUCCCUAUUCUGGUCUAGACAUUAAAACAUCUAUCAUGUACGGUUGUGUAAAAAAUAGAAGAGUUAGCAAAUGGAGAUACAUAGUGGAACAGCAACUUUUUAUUAGCUUGAGCUAGACUGGAUUUUUUAGAGAGCAACGUGUCUUCUAUACGGGUUUUCAGAAUGAAGUUUGUAGCACAGAGAAGUUUGUCAAGAGAAAAGAGGCUAAAAUUAUGCUCAGUAUCUACAAUUCUGAAUACAAUGAAAGAUUUUUGGCCUCUGAUUUUCGGCAUAAAUUCUAUGAUUGUGGAAUUUAAACUCAGCCCUGUUUAUUGAUUUGUGCCUAAUUAUGGAAAUCUGAAUAAAAUGAUAGACGCUCCAUAGGAGUAGAAUUCUGGCCAGUGGGAUUGCUUCCAAUGGCAGUUCCACCCUUGCUUAUCUUUCACAAUUGGAGGUUUUCUAUUGAGAAUCAUUAGUCUGCCAACAUGUUUACUUAAAUAAGAAAUAUUGGCGAAUUUAUAUAGGAGUGAAAGUGUUCUUUUGCUACUCUCUUUUGCUCCAACCUCUCCGUUUUAAAAAUUUGACCAGGAGAUAUAGUGCUCACAGUUCCCAUGUCUACUAACAAAAUGCCAACAAAAUUUUAUCUCUGAAAUUUGGCGUAAGGAAGGUUUAGUGUGCUUUGUCAAAGCCAUUUGUAAUAUGCUGCUAUGUAGCCUUAAUAUUGUAAUGCAUUGUGUGUGUAUAUAUAUGUACAUAUACACUUAAAUGCAAAGUGACUAACCCACAGCCAAGAAGCAGAAGGUUGUGUGGUUUGUUGCAGCUGGCUCCUGCUUUGUGUAGCCAAGAUAGAUUGUAUUUAAAACUUGCAGAAAGAAAAUAAUUUAAAACAGCAGUCACUGCUCAUCAUUUUCACCUAGGCAAAUGUCCCAAGGCCAAAUUUUUAAUUUCUUGCCCUGGUUCCCCCCCCCCUCUCUCUGAAAGGCCUGCUAGUUAGAAAAUCCACACAUUUGAACUUAAGUGGGAUUUACAAGCAGAAUAUGGCUUAAUUUUCUUUUUUCCACGUUUGUUUCCCUCUUUUGUGAAAAUUAAGAAAUAUUGGCCCAUUACGUUUUCAAUUGAAGAUGCUAUGCUAGGUGGGUUCGUGAGUUGAUCUGGCUUGUGCAGAAUCCCUGAAUAGUUGAACAGGGCCAACUUUUUUGUAGAAGGGGUGGCAGAGUUUUGGUAGAUAGACACCACCUAGUUCUGAAGCUGCGGUGAACAUUUUUUUUCCUUUGGCACGUCGGUCUUGCGUUUAAUUGAAUAGCUCCUCCUCUUCUGGUACCUGGUAGUUAGUGUGUUGUUGCCGACAGUAGGAGGCUCGUCGCUCUUAGUUAAGGAUGAUCCUUAACACUUCUGCAAAAGAAGGUGUUUUUCUAACUGAUCAUCUAUGGAUCCGGGGCUCCUCGGUGUUUAACCAAGUGUGCUCGACAAAGCUAAGAACUCCUCACCUGUCCAUGCGAAGGCUUUUGCAAUGCCACUGGUUCUUCAACGGAUGCCCAAGCCAAGAGAAACCCACUUGAAAUAGGUACUCCACGUACAAAAAUCCAGUGAGCUUUGAGCAGCGGCUGUUCUUGUGGUAAGGAGUUUAUUCUUGCUAAUGUUAAUGUUGCCAGGCCUUGAACUGCUGGCAAUCUUCCACGUUUUCCCAAAACCACUGGAACAAACACUUUCAUUCCGAUUUUGGAACCCCUUCAAAAAUAUAUAUAUAUAUUUUUGCAACAAACUUUUGCACAACUGGUGGAAUUUGCAAACGCAUGUAUUGUAUUGGAACGAUCCAAAUCUUUUUCCCAAGAAAGGGGCUGAUAAUCAACGCAUGUCCCCGUAGUAGUUCAAUCUGUGGCUAAGUGUUCUGCCAGUGGGUUUCUCAAAAGCUACAGGUCCGGGUGAUAGGAAAAAAGAAAAGAUAAAUAAAUGGCCAAGUUGUAGGGAACCAGUACAGCCAGGGAGUGGAAAUUCGCCGGGCUGUAUGUAUAAUGUCAGAAAGUAAGCAAAUAAUUUGAGUUUGAUGUGGCAUUCACCCAAACUUGUGCAAGUCAUAAUUGAUCAUAACACAGAUGUAAUCAGCUAACCCAUUUGUAAAUAUACACAUGUUUGUACAUUGUAUACAUAGAAACAGAUGUCCAUGUACAUGUGUAUGUAUUUAUAAAAUUGUUUCUCUGCUAGAUGCAAAAGUAGCUCUAAUUUUAUAUUAUAUUAUAUUAUAUUAUAUUAUAAUAUAUAUAUAUAUAUAUAUAUACAUAUACACAAAAAGGCUCCCCUCUAUAAAUAUAUAAAUCCUAGAAAUUUGUAGUAAUAUAGGACUGAUUUCAGGAAUAUCUGCUGAGAGACCAAAAAGUUCACUUUUAAAGUACCUUAAUUAAAAAAAAAUAAAGUUUAUUCCUCUCGUUUAUUUUUUUAUUAAAAUUGAAAUGCACUUUAACUGGCAACCUACAUACGCAGAUCUAGCUGCAUGGUGCAGUUUCAGACUUUGAAAUCUGGUAAAAAGUGCAGCACCCAUUGAAAAGACCGACGAUUCCUUUCUCACCUGCCAAGCAGAGCGCUGGAAAUGAGUUCAAAUCCUCCGCAGGGUCAAGAGCUGCCUGUUGUCUUGCUGCCCAUUGGCUGAAGCUUAGAUUCUGAUUUCCCUGGGGGGUGGGGGGUGGGGCGCGGGGAUGGGGGCUAGCAGGACUGCUUUUUAAAGAGGCUGUUGUCAAAAAAAGGCAGGUCCUGGAAUUUACCACUAGCUAACUAGCAAAAACAAACAAACCAGAAGAAGAAAAAGGAAGAAUGUCCACAUGACCUGAAUAAUUCCUCAUGCUAGUUGAGCACUCCUUAAAAUAGCAGGUUUUUGCAAAUGGAGUUUUACAGUCUAUAUUUAAAAAUUGUAUGUUUGUAACAAAUAAAAAGUAUGCGGAAAAGUGAAUGAACCAUC